GCACGCACGCACGCACGCACAGGAUGUGAUGAUCGUGGGCUGCUCGCGCUGCAAGAAGAAGAAGAAAGGAAGGAUGGAGUCGGAAGAGAAUGGACUCCAGUCGUUUCUCCUCAUCCUCCUGCUCGCUGCCUCCUGCACGACGGUGGGUCCGGCGGCCCCCCAGAGAGGGGCGGGUCAGGAGCGGGACAGCUGGCAGGUAUUCAGCUCGGCCCAGGACUCGGGGGGCGGUUGCGUGUGCACCGUCGUGACCCCCCACGACUCCGUCUGCUCCCGAGACGCCCGCAGCAAGCAAGUGCAACACCUGCUGGACAAGGUGCACAACAUGAGCCGCUCCAUAGAGGAUUUGGACCGGCGCACCCGCCAGGACAUCGGCAUGGUGGAGAAGAUGGAGGCGGAGCUCAGAGGUCUGGAGAAGAAGUUCAAAGCGGUGGAGGCGGGACAUGAGAGUAACAAGGCCAGGCACUACCAGGCCAUGAAAGCCAAAAUGGAGGAGCUGCGUCCGCUCAUCCCGCUGUUGGAGGCGUACAAGGCCGACGCCCUUCUCGUCCGGCGAUUCAGGGAGGAGGCGGCCAAUGUGACGGCCACUCUGGCCGAGCUGCACGACCGAAUGGCCCUGGUGGACUAUCAAGACCUGCACGCGCGCGUGGCCGGCCUGGAGGAGCGGCUGCACGCCUGCAUGCAGCGGCUCGCUUGCGGGAAGCUGACGAGAAUUGCUGAGCCCGUCACCGUCAAGACCUCCGGGUCCAGGUUCGGGUCCUGGAUGACGGACCCGCUUGCGCCCGCCGGAGACACCAGAGUGUGGUACAUGGACGGCUACCACAACAACCGCUUCGUGCGAGAGUACGAGUCGCUGUCGGCCUUCAUGACGUCGGACAACUUCACGUCGCACCGCCUGCCUCACCCGUGGUCCGGGACGGGUCAGGUGGUUCUGAACGGCUCGCUGUACUUCAACAAGUUCCAGAGUCACACGCUGAUCAAGUUCGACCUGAAGUCCUCGCUCAUCAGCCGCUCGCGCCAGCUGGACUUCGCGGGCUACAACAACAUGUAUCACUACUCGUGGGGGGGCCACUCCGACAUCGACCUGAUGGUAGACGAGGGCGGGCUGUGGGCCGUCUACGCCACCAACCAGAAUGCCGGAAACAUCGUGCUGAGUCAGGUGGACCCCGACAGUCUUCAGGUGGUGCGCAGCUGGACCACCAACCAUCCCAAGCGCAGUGCCGGCGAGGCCUUCAUGGUCUGCGGGACGCUGUACGUCACCAACGGUUACUCGGGUGCCACCAAGGUUUACUACGCCUUCUCCACCAAUUCGUCCACGUACGAGUACAUCGACGUGCCCCUCGCCAACACCUACGGCCACAUCUCCAUGCUGGACUACAAUCCGCGCGACAGGGCGCUCUACGCUUGGAACAACGGGCGACAGCUCCUCUACAACGUCACCCUCUACCACAUCAUACAAUGACGGCGUCGCGUGACGUCGAGACAUCGCAAACGACCAUCAUGACGUGGUCAUCACAGUGUUCCUUGCGUUCUAUCCCGUCAUACAGCGACAUCGUUUCCCGUCCUGACGUCGUCACCAGUCAUAGCGUACUUUUACGUCGUUUCAACCGUUUUACCAUGAAAGUUUCCUUUGGUGGCUUCAAUAACUUUGGCUUACGAUGCCGUGACGUGGUAACAGAUGUCGUUGAUCCUUUGGUAGUUUUUGGAAAGCGUAACCACGCGAGGUCACGUGACGUGGCCCCACCAUGUUAGGAUGCCAGCAAACAGCAAUACAACUUUUCUAGUUUUCUAUUGUCUCGUCCACGUUAACUUCACGCGCACACAUUGUGGAGCUGCUGCAAUGUGCGGGAAUUUGAUCCGUGUAACAAUCAAAUGUAUUGGCUAUUCUUUCUAUUCCUCCUGUCGAUAAUAACUGAACGACCGCCAUCGCAAAUGUGUUAAAAUGUCAAAUAAAGCUCAGUAACCUUC